AUGGCAACCAACCCCCUCACCAUAACCUUCCGCACCUCGCCCAUAACUUUCCACGCCCCCUGCCAACCCCCCAACCCCAUCCCCAGAGGCAAAUACCCGCACUGGAACGUGUACGCCGUCCCACACGGGCCGGAAACCUACAGCAUCGAGGUGUGCUGGGUGCGGUGGACAGCCCCGAUCAACUGGGUGGAGCUGGCGCUACCGGCGCUGCUACGCGGGUUCGAGUACCUGCGCACGAUGUACCCGGACAGGAAGCCGAUGUGGGGGACGAUCUCGAUGCGCACGGCAGUGCGGCUGUACCGCGAGCGGUUACGGGAGAUUAGGCCGGACGCGGAGCUCGGCGAAGUGUAUCGGGCGGGGCUGCGGGCGAUGGACCAGUUUUGGGUGGAGAGGAAGCGCCAGUGGCAUCCUAUCGAGGAUCGCGAGAUUUUGCUGGUUUGGGAAAGCCUCAUUCCAAGGAAUGGGGAGGCGAAUGUGGAGACGACGGGGGCCGAGGAGGAGGCCUGGGCUGAAUGCUGA